UGUGUGUGUCCGCUGCUGUAGCAACCGUGAAGUGGAUUCACCAACACGAAAAGGGGCCUGGACCGAGUUUGUGAAUGGGAUCACAUUUGCGUCUCUAACAGUCUGAAAGUUGGCUCCUUGAGCAAAUCAGGCUGAGAAAUAUGGAUGGUGAUGGUGGAACUAACGAUGUGCAGGCGGAGCUGGACUCAGUGGAGGCAGAGCUGGAGUUGGUGGAGCUGCAGAUCACAGAGCUCCUGCAGAAGCAGGCCGAGCUGAACACUCGUAAAAACGUCCUGCUGCAGCGGCUGGAGGAAGCCUGUGAUGCUGCACAGCCAUCAUCCUCUUCAUCUUCAUCUUCCUCAAAGUCAUCUGGAGCUGGUUCAGUGAUGAGCAAGCAGGAGAUGCAGCAGUAUGAUGGCACAGACUUCCCUUGGUCCAAAGAAGUGGAGCGUCACCUGAAAAACUCCUUCCGUCUGUCCACCUUCAGACCUCUGCAGCUGAGGGCCAUCAACCUGACGCUGUCCGGCAAAGAUCUGUUCCUGGUGAUGCCCACAGGACGAGGAAAAAGCCUCUGCUACCAGCUGCCUGCAGUCUGCUCCAAGGGUUUUACACUGGUUGUCAGUCCCCUGGUGUCCCUGAUUGAGGACCAGGUCAUGUGCUUGACGUCCAUCAAUGUGGCAGCAGUCACGCUGAAUGCGUCCAGUAGCAAGGAGCACGCCAAGAUGGUCAUGAAUGGAAUGACAGAUCCUAAGGGCCCGUUCAAGCUGGUGUAUGUGACUCCAGAGAAGAUCGCCAAGAGCAAGCUGCUCAUGUCUCGUCUGGAGAAAGCCUACAACGCAAACCUGCUGAGUCGCAUCGCCGUGGACGAGGUGCAUUGCUGCAGCCAGUGGGGACACGACUUCAGACCAGAUUAUAAACUGCUGGGCAUCCUGAAGAGGCAGUUCCCCAAAGUCCCUCUGCUCGGCCUCACAGCCACCGCCACCAGCAGCGUCCUCAAGGACUGCGAGAAGAUCCUGUGCGUGCAGCAGCCCAUCACGCUCACUGCAUCCUUCAACCGAACCAAUCUCUACUACGAGGUUCGUGUUAAAGAUUCAAACAAUGAUGCGUCAAUAAGUGACAUCGCCUCUCUGAUCAACAAAAGAUACAAGGAUCAGUCAGGGAUCGUGUAUGUGUUCUCUCAGAAGGAUGCAGAGUCAGUGUCCUCUGAACUCCAGAAGAGAGACAUCCUCGCCUAUCCUUAUCACGCUAACAUGGACCCUGACGAUAAGUCCCGCGUCCACCGCAAAUGGACCAACAACAAAAUCCAGGUGGUGGUAGCCACAGUGGCGUUUGGCAUGGGCAUCGACAAGCCCAACGUCCGGUUUGUCAUCCACCACACCAUCAGCAAGUCCAUCGAGAACUACUACCAAGAGAGCGGACGAGCAGGUCGAGACGACCGCCAGGCCGACUGCAUCGUCUACUUUGGCUUCUCUGACAUCUUCAGGAUCAGCACCAUCGUGGUGAUGGAGAAUGUCGGUCAGCAGAAGCUGCUGCAGAUGGUUGAUUACUGCCAGAAUGUGGACAGGUGUCGGCGCUCCCUCAUGGCUGUCCACUUUGAUGAGGUGUGGGACGAUGAAGGAUGUAACCAGAUGUGUGAUACCUGCCGCCAUGCAAAAGACUACACCACCGUGGAUAUUACCCAGCAUGCUAAGCAGGUGGUGCAGAUCGUGGAGCUGGCAGGGUCGAUGGAUGAGAAGCUGACUCCUCUGAAGCUGGUGGAGACGUGGAUGGGGAAAGGCCCAGCCAAGCGCAGGAAGAUGAUCCAGACCACCACGCUGUCUCGGCUGCAGGCUGAAGCUGUGAUCGUUAAGCUGCUGCUGCAGGGAUACCUCAGGGAGGAUUUCAGCUUCACUCCUUACACCACCUACUUCUACAUGAAGCUGGGCCGCAAAGCUCCUCUGCUGAAGAACCAGACGCACACACUCAGCAUGAAGAUGAGGACAACAGGGACCGGAUCUGCUGGGGACACAUCAGCCAAUGAGGAGGAGACUGAUGUGACCUUUGAGCCCACUGUGGUAGACAACAGCUGUCCCCCACAACCCAAACAAAAACUAUUUAAAGAGCAGAGGAACCUGUCCAGGAAACAAGGCCUGAAGACAGGCAGCCAGACGGACAAACGGACAGAGCGGGCGGAAAAACACGGAGAGGAAGAGGGGGAUAAAAGGAGGUCCGUCACGCCUCAACAUGCAAUAGAGGUCGAUGUUGAGAUAAACAUUAUUGAUAACAGUCAGAAAACACCUUCGCAUCCAGGGAAGCCUUGCUCCAAACCUAAAUCCACCACCCCUCAGAGAGCCAGGAGGAAACCCCGCGCUGACUCAGCUGUUUCCUCUCCAUCCCCGGAUGGUGACACCGCCGCCAGCACCGUGCCCGGUUCUCCGUCACACUCCUCCAUCAUCUCUGACAGUGCAGCUGAAGAGCUCUGUGACCUCAGGAACUACUACAGCAAACAGCUGAGGAGGAUCAACUACAUUUCCCAUGAGUACCUGGGGCAACCCUCAGAGCCAGGAGUGCUGGCUUGCAUCAGGGAGCCCCUGAGGAGCCUGCGUCUGCCGCGCAGGGUGACCAUUGCCCAGACGGCCCGCAGCCUGUGGACACGAGUCAGCAGCCGCAGGAAGCUGCUUCACCGCUGACUUUACAGCUGGGACUGCGGUCAGAUUUAAUGACCGUUAUCAAGAAAUGCUUACGGUUACUGUUCUACUGUAAAUACAAAGGGUUAAUCUGCUGUCACAGUUCACCCUUGAAAACCUGAGCACCUGCUUGAUUUCUUUCAAAAACAUGGAAAUAAGGCUUCACAGGAAAUUACCUAAAAAUGAGUGAAAACUUUAAUAAA